AUGCAUGAAAGCACUGUCGACGCGAGGCCAAGCAGAAUACGAAACUUGAACGACAUCAGACAUCUCAGGACGAAUUCUCCGGAGCGGCCGACGAACCGUCGUCGACUUCGUCCCUCUUUGCACUCUCCCGUCACCUCCAUCAUCUUCAUCACCGCACUCACUCACUCCUUCCCACAACACGUCGCUGCUGCCGACACUCCUUCUUUCCGCAACAGCAGCAGCAGCUCCGUGCUUCGAUCCUUACCCACGAGCUUGUCGCUGCAUACACUACAUCGCAAUCUGCACCAUCGACCCGCUCUGCCUGGCCUCCACGUCGCCUCGCCUCGACAGCUCGAAACAGCAGUCUACUGCAUCUACAGCCCCACGACCACUCUGCACAAAAAGUUCGUCAUGGACCAGCAAGGCCAACAAACCGGCCCACAAGGCCCGAACGGCCGCCGACUACACAUUGCCCAUCGUCGCAGCCCGUCAGAGAUGACGCCGCUGAUGAUGGAACAACUGGCUUUGGCACAGCAGAUCGAAAUGCUCCAACAGCAACAGCAGCAAAUCGCUGCCACACACCAACAAUAUGUUAACAUGGGUAUGAUCCCUCAACAGCAACAGCUCCCCAAUCAGUUCCAACAAUUGCAAGGCCAGAUGCAGAAUCUCAACGUAGGAUCGAAUCCUGCGGCCUUCCAAUUCCCACAACAACCGCAGAUGGGCCAACAGCACCUUGGCAUCCCCAUGGCUGGUGGUAUGGCUCAAGCAUCCGCGCAUCGCCGAAACCAGUCCGCAAUGCCCAACAUGGGCAUGGGACCGCCUCCCGCUCCUUCAUCCGGCGCAUCCGGCUCUGCCUUUGGAGACUUUGGCAACUUUGGCCAGAAUCGCACCGAGAACAACGCCCCGACACGUGGAAGAGGCGGUGGCGCUGCAGGAGGAGGACAUGCACGCAGACACUCGCUGGCAUUGCCAGAGGCGAAGAAGGCGGCCGAGCUGGCUGAGGCGAAGAGAAAGACUAGUGGUUUCCAAUUCCCGAUUCCAGGAGCGGCCGGAGCGCCUCCCGCCCCAGACAACCGUGCUGCAAGCCCAGGCAGCGGCGAAGCAGGCUCAGCUGCGGGCAGUGCGACUCGCGGAGGUGUUGGCGGUCGUGGACAUGGUCGUAGCCAGAGCAUGGCUGUCGGCAACAAUCGUGGCAUGGGUCAACUCAGUCGCGGUGGUCCAACAGGCUUCCAAUUCCCUCCCCAGCAGGCCACUGUCGAUGGAGGCUCCAACACUUCAGAACUGAGCCGCCGUGGUAGCCAAGGCCAUGGCCGUACGGGCUCUCGCAACUUUGACGGCAACUGGCGCAAUCCGAACCCCAACAACACCCAGCCUCCUACCGAUGGACAGACUACCAACAUGGGCAACUUCCACAUGAACCAACACACAAGCGCUCAGCCAUUCCAGCCGGGCCACCGACAGCGUGGGUCGGUUGGCGGUCAGUCAAUCAGCUCAUUGCAGAGCUUCGGAAACUACCAGCCGCAACCGCAACUGAUGCAGCUCCCUCAAGGCCAGGUUCUGGUUCAGCCCGCUGCCAUGUUCGGUGGCCAGCAAUUGAACGCGCUUCAGCUCGCCCAGUUGCAGGCAUACCAGCAAGCAGGGAUUCAAGCGCCCACUCUUGCCCAACUCACUGGACAGCACAACGGUCCACAGAUUGGCAUGCAUCAGCAACAGCAGCAGCGCAAGACGCUCUUCACUCCCUACCUCCCGCAGGCAACGCUCCCUGCUUUGCUCGGUGACGGCCAACUUGUCGCCGGUAUUCUCCGCGUCAACAAGAAAAACAGAAGCGAUGCUUAUGUCACGACCACUGACCUGGACGCCGACAUUUUCAUCUGCGGCAGCAAGGAUCGCAAUCGUGCUCUGGAGGGCGACUUGGUCGCUGUCGAGCUGCUCGAUGUUGACGAAGUCUGGGGUCAGAAGCGCGAGAAAGAGGAGAAGAAGAAGCGCAAGGAUGUUACUGACCAGCGUAGUGGCAACAUGACUGCAGUCAACGAUGCUACCACUCAGCCAGAAAGUGCCUCGGCCGCCCAGGAGGGUGGUCUUCGUCGUCGUGGUAGCUUGAAGCAGCGUCCAACGCAGAAGAAGAAUGACGAUGUCGAGGUCGAAGGCCAAAGUCUCCUUCUCAUGGAAGAGGAUGAAAUCAACGACGAGCAAAAGCCACUCUACGCCGGCCACAUCGUUGCGGUCAUCGAACGAGUUGCUGGUCAAAUGUUCUCUGGUUCUCUCGGUCUCCUCCGUCCAAGCAGCCAGGCUACCAAGGAGAAGCAAGAAGCCGAGCGCCAGGCUCGCGAUGGCGGCAACGCGCGUCACCAGGAGCGCCAACAAGAUCGUCCGAAGAUUGUGUGGUUCAAGCCAACCGACAAGCGAGUGCCGCUGAUCGCCAUUCCGACCGAGCAAGCUCCACGAGACUUUGUCGAUCGUCACCAGGAUUACGCCAACAAGAUCUUCGUUGCAUGCAUCAAGCGCUGGCCCAUCACCAGUCUGCAUCCAUUUGGAACACUUGUCGAGCAACUCGGCGAGGCCGGCGAUCUCAAGGUCGAGACAGAUGCUCUGCUUCGGGACAACAAUUUCGGGCCGGACGACUUCUCCGAGGCGGUCAUCAAGAACGUUGGCUUCGAAGACUGGUCCAUUGAAAAGGAGGGUGAAUCGGCUCUGGAAGGUCGCCGCGACUUCCGCGAAGAGCAGACGUUCACCAUUGAUCCCAAUGGAAGCAAGGAGCUGGACGACGCCAUUCAUUUCAAGGAUUUGGGAGAUGGUAACGUCGAGAUCGGCAUGCACGUCACUGACAUUGCCCAUUUCGUCAAAGCCAACUCUCUGGUCGACCGCGAAGCCAAGAAACGUGGCACUGGGGUCUACUUGACAGAUAGAACUGUCAACAUGCUCCCCUCCAAGAUCACUCACGACGUUUGCUGCCUCAAUCCUGGCGAGGACCGCUACACGGUCUCGGUCGUCUUCAAGGUUGACGCUGCAUCCGGACGGGUCUCUGAAGAAGAUACCUGGGUCGGCAAGGCCAUUAUCAAGAGCUCCGGCAAGCUGUCGUACGAGGAGGUCGAUGCUGUUAUCAACGGUUCGAAGGAGUCUUCGCUCGGCGAAGAACGCUCCAAGCAGAUUCUCAUGCUGCACAACAUCGCACAGAAGCUCCGUCGUGGUCGAUACAACAGUGAAGAAGAAGACAUUCCUCCACUCCGUCUUUUCUACCAGCUUGACGACGAGAACGUGCCCGUCGAGCGCAACAUCUUCGACUCCAGUCCAGCGCAUGAGAUGAUCGAAGAGCUGAGCCACAAGACGAAUGCCGUGGUGGCGCAGAAGAUCUUCGCGCAGUUGCAAGACCGUGCGCUACUCCGCCGACAAGCGGAUCCUUUCCCAAGACGACUGCAGACUUUCGCCGAACGCAUGGCCAACAUUGGCUAUGACAUGGACAUUUCGAGUUCUGCUUCCCUGCAGAACAGCCUCUUCCGUAUCGACGACGCCGAGAUUCGCAAGGGUAUGGAAACCUUGAUCAUCAAGGCCAUGGGCCGCGCCAAGUACGUCGUACCUGGAAAGGUGCCAGAUCCGAGCUUGAGCCAUUAUGCGUUGAAUCUGCCACUUUACACGCACUUCACCAACCCAUCGCGACGCUACGCCGACAUCAUCGUUCAUCGACAGCUUGAGGCUGCUCUCUCCAAUGGUGCUGUGGAGUUCUCCGAGGAUCUCGAGUCACUCAACAAGACUGCGGAAACGUGCAACACCAAGAAGGAUUCAGCCCACGCCGCCCAGGAGCAGAGUGUUCACAUUGAGUCCUGCCGUCUGAUGAACCGCUUGAGCGAGGAGCAAGGUGGCGAUCUGAUCUCGGUUGGAAUCGUCGUCUGCGUCUACGAAUCCGCGUUCGAUGUGUUGAUUCCAGAAUAUGGCUUUGAAAAGCGUGUUCACUGCGAUCAGCUACCAUUGAAGAAGGCCGAGUUCGACAAGAAUAAGCGACUGCUGGAGCUCUACUGGGAGAAGGGAGUCCCAUCAUCGGCCUUUGUUCCCGACGAUGAACGCCCCCAGGCCAAGGGUCACCGCCCAACGCACAGCUUCGUCGCACGAGAGGCCACUGCUAAGCACAGGGAAGCUCAAGAGGCGGAGCGCAAGGCGAUGAACACUGGCUCCAUCGAUGCUCAGGAUGUUGAUGCGCUUUUCGACGACGACGAUGACGACAACGCGUCCGAGGCCACCGACAAUGCCGCUGGAGUCGCUCUGAAUGGCGAUCGCGCCACCCAGAGCGGUCCACCGUCGCCAUCCCGCAACGGAGCUCCACCGCAGCGAUCCAAGUCCGACUCUCGCGCCCUCAACAACAGCGCCGCGCCAGAAGCGAAGUUGAGCAACAAGGAUAAGUACCUUGGAUUUUUCAAGCUACGCGAGGAGAACGGCCAUUACAUCCAAGACGUCAAGGAGAUGACCAGAGUGCCAGUUCUGCUGAGAACCGAUCUGACCAAGAGUCCACCAUGCUUGACCAUCAGAUCGCUGAACCCUUACGCUUUGUGAGGUCGGCCAUUGUUGCAUUCCUAUCAGCGCGGCCGACCAAGUCUUCAAACGACAUUGCCUCGCAUGCACACACUCCAGGACCCCGACGACAGGGUUGACUUGAGCGAAAGCUCGUCGUCGGCCCUCCAGAUUUCGGGUAUCUUCCUGAACCACUGACCGCAUACCAUCAUUACCAAGCAACGGCCGCCACGAGCAGAUUACCUGCCGCAGUGACAGAUCGGUACACACCUGUAUAGCCGAGACUGAAGACUGAAGGGAAGAGGAAGAAUGAAUAUCAGAGUGAACUGGCGAUACAAGGCACACACUGCUUUCUUGAUGGACACGAUGAGUUUCUCAUUUCCGGUAUCGAACCCGCAUUGACUGUUGGCCCAUGUGGAUGAUGGGACGCACAACUAUGGAAUAGUCGAAGGAGC